AUGUUUAAUAUAAUACUAUUUCAAAUUAUCAUAAAAACCUUUGCAUUUCCAGAUGUAUCACUCUCAUUUGGCUCUAUCACACCAAAAUAAAAAGACCCUGAAGAAAACCUGCCUCAAACUAUUUAUUAACAUAAUCUCAUCAAUAAAUAUUUUGAUUAUGAUUAAUUUCCUCUAUUUUCUUGUUGUCCUACUAAUUUAACUAAAUACAAAGUAGAUUCUCAAUCUAUUCAUGGUCAUGGAAAAUCAAAAUUUAUAAUACCCUUGACUAUUACAAAUAAUUAAAAUGAAACAAUUAUUUUGAGAGAAUUAACAAUAAAAGAUUAUUUAGACUAUUAAGAUAUUUCUGUUGCUCCUAAAUUAUCUAAUUUUCCAAUCAUACAACCUCAUUAAAGCAUUGUUAUUGAUUUUAUUCAUAGUUGCGAAAGAUAAGUAAAAAAUUCCAAUUAUUGGAGUAUUUAAAAUGUCUUUAUUCGUUUUUAAGACUAUUAAGGAUUCAAUUUCUAAUAUUAAUUUAUUUGUGAUAGCCAAUACCAUCCUAAAAGGUAUAAUUAAUAUUAUUCUUAGAUUUGAUUGGAGCAAUAUAAUUUUAAUUACUUUUGAUUCUAUUGUUAUUAUUAUUUUAGCAACUUUUGGGAAAAUUUAUUCAUUUCGAGUAGCUUUUGUAACACCAGCAAAAAGAAGAUAGUUUUAAUAAUAAAAUAUUCAAAAUGUUGAUUUAAGUCCAUUUUAAGGAUUUUAUUUAUAUUGGCCUUAAGCUUUAGGUUAUAUGGGAUUUUUAUUAAUUGCUUUAUUUACUUCCAUGAUUUAUCAAGAUAAAGCAGAGAAAAUUAUUAAAAUUUUUAUAUAUUUUAUUUGUGGUCUGACUUCAUUUCAUUUUUUUAAUGAAAUAUUUGGUAUAUUCAGAAAUACAUUUACAUUUUUAGCUGAAAAGAUUUUUUGUUUAAAAAUUAGGGAUUAUUUAUCUAUUGUAUUAUCAACCUUACUUAUGUUUUUAUAUCUUUAUUUUGAAUAACCAUGGUUUGUAUGUAUUAUUAGAUAUUUAUUAUUAGGUUAGUAAUCUUUUAUCAAUUUGUAUUUUAGGAUCUAUGAUUAAAUUAUUCAAAAUAACAUCUUUAAAACAUUCUCUUUAAUUUUUUAUACCUAUCAUGAUUGUAGAUAUAUUUUCUUCUAUAUAUCUAAGUUAAACAGUCAGAUAUGAAUGGGAUAGUGUUGCACUGAGAUAUUUUAAUACACCGCUUUCAGCAUAAUUUCCUUAUUUUCAUCAAAUUUAUAAAAAAAAAUGUGCCUGGAUUUCUAUUUUCAAUUUGCUAUUUCCUGGUAAAUUAUUUAUACAAAAAUAAGGAUUCUUUUUAGGCUAUGUAAAUAGAUUUGAUAAUCAUAAGUAAACUUAUGUAUAUGAAAUUAUUGCUUUCUUUGGUUUAUUAUUUGGACUUAUUUUAUGGGUAGUGAUAUAAUUCAUAUUUUCAUUCCCUCUUCCAACGUAUUUCUAAAUUAUCUAAAUUAGUUCUAUCUUUACAUAAAUAUUAAUGAUACUUACUACCACUUUGGUUGCAAUCUAAAGAAAUGAAUUUAAUAUAUUUUAUACCGGUAACUUUUACGAUUAAAUACUUAUGGAUCCAUUCAAAAAUGAUAUUUUACUUUAAGAACCAACGACAUUAGAAAUGUUUGGAUUAGGCAAUAACACUUAAGUAAUUAAGAAAGAUAACAUAUCUUAAUAAGAUUUGAUCUCGAGAGGAGAUUAAGGAGUAGUCUUAAAUAGUCAACUUUUUGUUGGCUUAACUUCUAUUAAUCGCUCAUUAUAAUAAAGUGUUUUAUAAUCCAACCAAUAAAAUCAUAAUCAUAAUUAUUAUGAUAAAUCUUAAACCAUUUAGGAAUUAUAUCUGCAAAGUUUAAUUGAAUGGAAUUAAAAAGAAAGUUAAUAUGUCUAGUCUCAUUCGGUAGAUUUUUAAUCUAUAUGA